AUGGAUUCGCUCAUUAAGGAAUUUAGGACGGCAUAUGCCGAGAUGAAAGGUGAUCGGCUUGCAGAAACCAUUCGGCCAGAUACGCAGACGUAUGCAUCAAAGUUACAGUCUAUUUGGGGUCGAGGAAACCAACGGGAUGCUACAGCUGACCUUAAUUUCCUACUCUACACGGACCCUUCACGUCCUAGGCUAUCCCAAGAGGAGACAACAGGCUGGUUCGAGAUUUAUUUUUCCUAUUGGAAUGCGAUCGGAGAAAUACUUGCCGUUGAAGGUCUACGAAAUGAUACGAAGUCAUCCAAACCAUCAUGGACGAAAGUAUAUGAAGCGUGGAAGAAUUUAACAUUACAAGUCAUCCGUGGAUAUACGCACCAUGAAUUCGAGAACUGGACUAUUCCAUGUCUGUAUGUUGCGGGGAGGUAUUUGCGACUGUUUGCCAUCCGAGCAGACGAGGAGAGAAAAACCAGUACCGAAUAUAGUACCGAGGCCGUUAUGCAAGAUGACUUCGACCCAGAGUAUGAAGAGCAUAAGAUGCUAGAGGACUGUACACGACACCUUAAUAGAAUCUUUCAAACCUGCUUGAACGAUAGAGCGCCACUAGAAGAAUCCCGUAAAUGGGGUAUCUACUAUGCCAUCAAUCUUCUAUUCAAGAGUUACUUCAAGCUUAACUCUGCCACGCUGUCUAAAAAUGUCCUGAAGGCGAUCCAAGCAGGACGGGGAGAUAUGCCGACGCUCGACAAAUUUCCCAAGUCGCAGCAGGUCACUUUCAAGUAUUAUGAAGGGGUUUUGGCAUUCCUCGAGGAGAAUUACGUAGAGGCCGAACAACAUCUUACUACAGCCUGGCAUAUGUGCCACAAAGACUCCAAGAGGAAUCUUGAUUCCGAAUUACUUGAGCCAUUUCCACGACUGCAGCAACUCUUCUUACCUUUAGGUGUAGCAAUUAAAAAGGCAGAUCUUCGCGCAUUUGAUGCUGCGCUGCGAGACGGUGAAAAUGAGUUCAUUAAACGACGCAUCUAUCUCACCCUAGAACGUGGUCGCGAUAUCGCCUUGAGAAAUCUUCUCCGGAAAGUUUUCAUCUCAGGUGGCUUUGAGGAAGGGAAAGAUGGUGCUGCACCUGUCCGUCGCACGAGGAUACCGGUGGCCGAGUUUGCUGCGGCGAUAAAGAUCAGCGGCGGAGGAGACAUCGAUACCGAUGAGGUAGAGUGUCUCCUAGCUAAUAUGAUCUAUAAGUGUGUGGGACAAGCGACAAACUGUUUGAUAUUUGUGUUGGGCGUGUCCAGUCUAGCGUCAUACGGUGUUGAGUUUCCCCAAGACCUUUUUAACGCAAGCGCGUAA